CGCUGCAGAGCCCCGUGUUUCCUCUGAAGCCCUCCGCCGUCAAGGGAGCCCGAUGGCGCGGUAUCCGACCGCUGAGCCUGUUAUCUGACACAUCGAACUCGGUCAGUCGCGCGAGGUCCAGCACGCCCUCAGGGAUGGUGAAACUUGCCGUGGUGCGUGGAGGACGCAUUUCGUCGGCCGCAUCUCCGCGGCGCCAGGUCGGCCCGAGCGCUGACACUAGAGAGGCGCCGGUGGAUCUCGAGGAUGCCCGUCCUCGAAAGAAGGCAAAGGUCAUAGCUCCGAAGAAACCGACUCCCCCAAGGGCUCAGGAGAGCGCAGAGGCGGCGGAGUCGGGCUCGCACGAUAGGCAAGGAGGGCGAGGUCGAGGCGAGGCAGGCCCGAGCAACGUGGUCGCAGGAAAGGCGCCUCGGGAUCCCUCGAUCCGGGACUUGUGUCGUCUUCCGGCGGGCCCGCCGAACGACUUCUAUCAUGCACGCCUGAUGGGCGAACUUUCUGAGGGCCAACCUUCUGACCGGUUGGUAGCUUGGUGGGCGGGGCUGACCCGCGGGACCCGGGUCUGGGCCGACGGGGAGACCGCGGCCGCGUUUGUCCGAGGGGGGCUGCACCCUGAUCUGGCCCGCGAGAUGUACACUCUGCCGUCCGACGUCCUGUUCGGGAAGUCGGUGAAGUCGCUGUUGUGGGGCCAGCACUACGCGAUGGCACUGGCAGACCGGGUUCGCGACGCGGGUCGGGCCCUUGGAAUUCUGUGCGACCGCAACGCCGAGCUGCGCAAACAGCUCGAGGAGGUGCGGGCCGGGGCGGCUCCGGAGGUGGUUGCGGCGGCCGAGCAGCGUUCCUCGGAGCUCGAGGAGGAGGCGAUGCAUCUCCGAGCUGAGGCAGGGGCGGCCGACAAGCGUGCGUUGGCGCUGGAGGCCGAGGUCCUUCGCUUAAGGUCCGAGGCGAAGGCGGCCGAGGAGGAGAAAGGCAAUCUCCGGGGACUCCUGGAGGGAGCACAGUCAGAGACUCGUCUGGCCCGAGACGAGGCAGCCGUCCUGACCCAGCGGCUGGAGGGCGCACUAGCUGACGUGAAGGGGGCUUCAGAAGCCCUGGCGGCCGAGCGGGAGCGGCGGCCGGAGAAAGAGGAGGUAAUCGAGGCUUAUAAACAGUCCCCGGGCUUCCAGCUCGGGCUGGCUCGGUCGGGGCAGGUUACCUACGAGUACGGGUACCGAAUCGCCCUUGGCUGGUUCCAGACGAGCCAUCCCGGGCUGGAAGUGGAGGCGGAUCCGUUUGUCUCGCAUCCUGAGGAUUUGGAUGUGGACAUGCCGGAGGAAGUUCCCUUUGAUGAUGGCGUGGGAGGAUCUGACGGUUAGGGCGGUCUGGAGGUCAGCUCAGCCGAGCAGCUUCCGUAUUUUGUAAUUUUCGUGACCUUCGGGUCUGGUUGCAGUUGUAGCCCCUUGCUUUGUAAAGAAAACUUCCUC